GCAAGAAGACAUUGUAUAUCUAAAGAUGACAAAGAACAAGAAGUUAAAAAGAAUCUAAAUGAGGGAUAAAUGGACCAAACUUCAUUGUGGAGCUAUUUGGAGAAAAACUUUAUGCUCUGGCUCAUUGUGGAAUAUUUUGUUCCCCAUUUCUUAAUUUCUUCUGUAAUAGGGCCUGAGAACAGCUUCUCUGGGUAUGUUACUUGCAAAUUGUUCUGGCAUCUUUUUUCUGGAGACGUCAUGUAAGGACAACACAUUUCUAAAAAACAAAAAAUAACAAGACAGAAAUAAAUCGAUUUAUUUGGGUCAAACUUAUAAAAACAAUUCUCACCAUGAAAAAUUUUAACUCCAAACACUGACUGAGGAGAGUCCAGAUGUGACUUCUUUUCACUCUUACAGAAAUGUUCACGGUCAACACAAAAUUAAUUGGCAGGAUGAUUUAGAAAUUCAAGAAGAUGAAUUAGCAGCAGAUGUUAAGCCUGAACAUACAGAUGCUGGGGAAAAUAGGACAAAGAGCAGAUCCUCAAGAACUAAACAAAAAUCUUCAAAUGGAUUCUGAUAAAGAGAAUACAGAAAAGGAGAAUGUGGACUUAGACCUUAAUGUUGUGCACCAGAGAGAUCAUUACAAUAAAACUUCAGCAGCAUGCCAAGCUAACCAGGAUGUAACAGAUGGUCAAGCUGACACACUGUCUAAUUCACUUUGUGAGGUCUCAGCCAAUGACAGUGUACGAAGUCAGAAUAAACAACUUGAGGAUCCAGCAGUCGGUACAGCAGAUUUUAAAGAUGCUGUUUUCAGAGACUGUGUAGAGGAAUCUUUGAACAUGGAGAACUACAGUGAUCAAGAGUUUGUUUCAACAAGCAAUGACAAGGAUAUGUGGAAACAUAGAUUCAGUCAGGACAUAUGUGAAAAUAAAACUGUUGUUAUGGAAUCAGAUGGCAUCAGCAUUGACGUGCCGUUUGAUGUUGAGCAAAAUGAGGGGCUUAAUCUAGAAGGCCACAUACCCAGUAUAUCCAAUAACAGCAGUAGAACAGAAGAACUGACCACAGACAUUAAAGAAACAACAGAGGUUUUCAGAGAGAACUUUCAGGAUGAAUUUUUCAUAAAAGAGUGUCUUAAUUCAUCCACAAAUAGCAAUAAUGACAUUUCAAUGCAAAAAUCAGAACGAUCUGCUGUUAUGAGCAAAAUGGAUAUGUCGAAUGGAGUUCUUCAGAACACUGCAGAUGUUGUUCCAGAGGUAAUCAGAGCAACUGCUGCAAUAAAGGAACAAUCAACUCUGGAUGAAGAACGAGCAUCUAUAAACAUGACUGUUCAGACCACAUCAACACAUUGUGAAGUUCUUAUUCCCACUGAUCAAAAUGCUCUUUCUUCAAUCUCACAGAGGAACACCAAGAAUGUAGUUAUCACCCUUACACGUGUCGAAGCUCUUUCUAAAGAAUCCGGUAUUGAUACUGAAAUGAUCCAACAAAGAGAAGGGAUUGCAAGUGGUUGCCUCUGUCAAGCUUUGUGCAAGGGAAGCAGUGGAGAAUCAGUCCAUUCACCUACCGCAAGCCAGAUGAGAGAGGUUCGAUUUGGACAGACUGAGAUAAGUGGGGACGAAUGGGAGUUUUUAGAUGGUUCUGACCUGUCUGGAAUUGAAGCUCAUAGUUCCACUUCAACCAUGCUAGAUAAUCUCCAAAAGACUAAUUCUGACCCAAACUUUCUGGAACCAAUAGCUUCAGUAGUCCAAUUGGAGGAACAGGAGGAAAGAAAAAUGCAGGAAGAAUCCCAAGACAAGGGACAUUUAGAAAGAAAAACAGAUGGGCCUCAUGUUUGUCUAAGAGAAGAAGACUGGGAGACACAGAUGCUGGAUGAAACAGAAAGGUUUGCACAUGUAGAAGUAGAAUUGGCCAGUUUGAAGAUUGAAAAAGAUGGAGUACAAAUGAUACAAGAAGAGACCAUAGUAGAUCUUGCAGAUACAGCCUCUGUGUUGAAAAGCCCAGAGGAUUCAUAUCCAUCUGAGAAAACCACAGACCCUUUUCUAAGAUCAGUUUCAAAUCAAACUGUCAUCUCCCCCUCUGCAGUAAAAGAGAAACCGCUCCAACUGUCAGCCCUCUUCUCUGGGCUGCGUAGCCCCAAAAAGGAAGCUCAUGAGGAAAAAGAAACUCAAAAUCAACCUCAAAGCCCUGAUCAGGCAAGGCCUGUCAUACGAGGACUUUUCACUGAUCAGUCUAACAAGAAGGAGUCCAAGGGAGACUUCCUCGAACAGCUUACCCAAUUCCUCAGCUUGGACAGCAGCAAGGGGGAAGGCAAGAGAAAGAAAGAGAGCAUGUCAAGUCCUCCACUGUCGCCCAUCAGUAAGGACCCUGCAGAAUCAACAGACACAGAUACAUGUCAAACUCUAAAGGAGCCAGUCAUUUCCCAGUCUGAGGAAACAAAGAAAUCUACAAAUACAGAGUCACCCUUAGAUGCCUUCAAGGCUUUCUUCACAAUUAAAACUGCUAAGAAGGAGACUUCUAACUGCAUGGACUCGGACACAGUAAAGAAGAAGAUCAACAGGGACAAAGACGUUCUCCGAGCUUUCUUUGAUAGGAACUCAAGCAAGUCUAUAGAGAACAAAGGAACUAAUGAUUCCAAAUCUGAGGCGAGUGAGGAGCGCACACCAAGACGACUUCAGGCAAUCUGGCCUCCACCGAAACCCAAAGACAAGGAGGAAAAGAUUGGUCUCAAAUACACAGAAGCUGAGCAUCAGGCAGCUCUUCUUCAGCUGAAAAGAGCAUGCAAUGAAGAGGUGGAGAAGUUACAGGCUGACUUCAAACUUCAGCUCUUCCGGAUACAUGAGAAGAACGAAGAGGUUCUGUCCAAACUUGGGGCAACCAUUGCAAGCUUACAAAGAGAGAGGGUCAAAGAUAAUCAUAGGGAUAUUGCUGUGUCCACUGAAGACUAUAUCAAACCACGGGCCUUUCACUCUGUGGCCAUUCAGACAGAGUCAUUAAUAAAGUCUGAUGAGGUCAAGGAAGCCCAGAGCAGGAACCUUAACCCUCAGCCUAGUGUGCCAAACAAUUUUGAUCUCAACUCAACAAAAAACCUUAACUUCAUUGGUAAACAGAGGACAGUUCCUUCUCCCCUACCUACAUCACCUCUACCACCUCUACCACCUGUUUUACCUCCACCUCCUCCCUCCACCUCCUGCUCCAACUGUAUCUUCACUUCCUGCUCAGCCAUUGGAUGUGCCUAGAUGUGUGCCUCCACCACCUCCACCUAUGGCAGGAUGUGGUUCACCACCACCACCUCCACCCAUUAUCAGCUCUAUCCCCCCUCCUCCUCCUGGAGUUGGUAUCUUCUUCAAUAGAGUGACAGACAACACUCCUCGCAAACCGUCAGUGGAGCCAGUCUGUCCAAUGAAACCACUCUACUGGACUCGAAUACAGAUUCAAGA